UAUGUACAUACAUAUAUUUUAAUUUUAAUUUUUAUUUAUUUUUGUAUAUUUAAUAAAUAAAUAAGUUUAAGUAACUCAAAAUGCCAGAUGAUCCCAAAAGAGUUGGGUGGACGCCAAUAUUGCUGCUGAUUUGUGUUGCGACCACCAUUGGGGCGGUUAUACCCGUCGGAUAUGCGUUGGGUGUCAUGAAUACGCCAGCCGAGGUCAUAAAAAAGUGGGUUACUGCCAGUGUGUCCAAAAGGUAUGGCGUUGAGCUUAAUGCAACGAAUCUCGAUAUACUCUGGGCGAGUAUAGUUUCUAUUUUUCAAGUUGGUGGCAUUAUGGGCUCUUUCGUUUCGGGUCCUAUAAGUAACAGAUUCGGAAGAAAGGGUUGCCUGCUCAUUAGCAGCAAUCUAUUACUAUUUGCUGGCUUACUUUUGUACGUCUGUCGUAUGGUACAGCUCGUGGAGCUGUUGCUUUUGGGUCGCUUUCUAAUCGGCAUCUCGUCUGCGCUCAUCUUCACAGCCCAACCCAUGUACUUGUUGGAGUGUGCGCCGAUACAUUUACGCGGCAGUGCCGGUGUAUUCACACUACUCGGCAUCACUGGCGGCAUUGUUAUGGGUCAAGUCUUCAGUUUGCAACAAGUGUUCGGUAACGAAGACUAUUGGGAUUUGGCCUUGAGCUUCUAUGUGAGUUGUGUGCUGUUUGGUUUUGCGCCUUCUUUCUGGUUUCCCGAAUCGCCGAGUUGGCUAAUGAAGGUGCGUAAGAAUGAGGAAUUGGCAAAGGAGUCACUGCGUAGUUUACGUGGUGAAAAUGCCGAGGAUGCGAUACACGCGGAAAUUGCCGAAAUGAAAGCGUCUGCAGCGGAGAGCAGUGAAAUACUCAGCUUCGGCGCUGUACUAAAGAACUCCGAAUUCUGUUUGCCUCUACUAAUUGUCGUAUCGUUUAUGGCUUGCCAGGGCUUGAGUGGCAUAAAUGGCAUUUUCUUUUAUUCAGUAAGAAUUUUUACGAAAUGUGGAUUCUCUGGCGAAAAUGCUACUUGGUUAAAUUUCGGCGCUGGUGUAUUGAAUUUCGUAUUUGGACUGGUGAGCUUUGUUUUGAUGGAACGUUGUAAUCGGCGACCCUGUAUGCUGAUCUCGUAUGGGGCCUGUGCUAUAUCGCUUAUCGGUUUGGGAAUUGCGUUGAAAUAUAUAGACUCUGUCAGCUGGUUUCCAAUACUUUGUGUUGUUUUUAUGGCAUCUUUUAUAGUAUUUUUCAAUUUUGGCUUGGGUCCUAUACCAUUCUUCAUAGGAACAGAGCUCUUUGAGCUGCCUCCACGUACGGUGGCCAUGGCUACGGGCAACUUUUCUUUUUGGACAGGUAAUUUUUUAAUCGGUAUGUGUUUCCCGCCAUUGGAGAGUCUCAUUGGUCCAUUUUGCUUUUUACCCUGUGGUGGAGUUUGCAUAUACUGUUUUCUAUUGACAUGGCGAUAUGUACCGGAGACUCGUGGCUUUGAACCGUCGGAUGUUAAGCCGUUAAUGGCGAAUGGCCUGAAAUCGAAAGUAACCUAAAUAUUUGAAAUAAAAUGUUGGUAGUUAGGUGUCAGUGAAUAUACAAA